GCAGAGCUCAGGUUUCUGUGGAAACACGGCAAAAAGUCUACGUUACGGCACAGGGCCAAGAUUACAGGUCCAACUCAUUCCUCUCUCUCUCAGGUGAUCGAGUCAGAUCGUUAUCGUCAACUUGCAGUGUUUGUCGAAUUGCAAGCAAAUUAACGACAGCAGCAUACACCGCCUACACUUUUUUGCAUUUUCGGAGGCGGAAUUGAUAGUGAUUGGAGACGCAUUCCAACCUUUGGUCGGCAAUUAUUCUCCUCACCAAAUCAGAAAAUUCACAAUCAACUUAGCUCGGAGCAGCAAAAAUUACGUAUCGACUGCCUGCCUUACGGAAGAACAUUCCUCUAUAUCAAUUAUCGAACUUGACCUCAUUCUACCAGACACAUCAGCUCUUGGCCGUCUGACAUAGCAUAAACCGCCGAUCAAGAUGGCACCGGCCAUCAUCGGUAGCCUCUUCGGCCGAGCCGUGCCAGCCGAAGUCGUCGACCCGACGUCGCUCGGUCCGCUCGCUGCUCGUGCAGUGCUCACCGCCCACAACCUCGUACGCCGUCAGGAUGACAACCGUCCAGAUCCAUCCCGGGGAGUCGUCGACCCUCACAACAUCAACAACACGGUCAUGUUUGUCUUGUUUGGCUUCAUUGGAGCAUCUUUUGUGAUUCUUGGUAUCUGGUUCUUCUUCUGGGCCAAGAAUGGUGGCUUCUACUUUAAGGAGAACGACUGGGAUGACUACAAGUCCACGGUGCUGCGCCGGCGCGGCCCCAAUGGCACCAUUCUCUCCAACGCAACUCCCUCUACGGACCUCGGCGGUGGCAGCAUCUACAAGGACGUAGACGACCGCACGACCGUCUCCGCUUCCACCAGGUACCGGGAUGGAGACGACGGCCGCACAGACAUCACCGACUCGACCUACAUGACUGGCAUCACGGCCGGUGUCUCCAACAUCGGCGCUCGUGAGGCCCGCCGGAAGAAGAAGGAGGCCAGAGACCGUGAGCGCGAGCGCCGCCGCGAGGAGAAGGCCCAGGCCAAGGAAGAAAAGAAUGCGGCCAAGCGUGGCGAGGGUAACAACAGUCGCAAGGUUGGCGCAGAUGGUGCGCUGAUCGACGAGGAGGCUGAGGAGCAGGCAAAGGAACAUCUUCGCAACUACCGCCACGAGCGGCCGGCCAGGGUCGGCGGCAUCAACGCAGAGAGCGACGCGAGCACCUGGGACGGAUCGACAAACCCGAGCGCUAGCAGCGCCGGCACCAGGUCUGAGCGCACCGAGGCCAGCGAGCUGCUCGGCGACCGCCAGAGGACGCCGACCUCGACCCCCAACAAGAAGUCCGGCGGCAUCAGGAAGGUCUACUCGACGGCAGACAAGGUCGCCGACCGCGAGCAGGAGCGCAUCCGCGCCGAGGCCCGCAGGCUGCAGGAGAAGGGCCGCUCGCACAUGUCGUCAGCCGGCAGCUCCAGCUCAUCGGCGCCCCGUCGCGACUUUAGCUUCGCGCGUGGCCAGACGGACGACCGCGAGCGCUUCGCCAUGCGCCGCAUCGAAGAGAACGAGUCCUCGGUCGUCAGCGGGAGCACGGCCUACGACGACGACCGCGAGCGCGAGCGUGAUCGCCGCCGCAGCCACCGCCACCACGUCCCCGGGUCCUACGUCGGCUCCGAAGACGCGGGCAGCGAGGUCGGCACCAAGUCCUACCACCAUCCCAUCCCUGAGCUGACCUCCAGCAGCGUCAGCGGCAGCGGAAUCGAGGCCAACGACUUUGCCUACCAGGACGACAAGAGGAGGCAGAGGAGGGGAGGUGGCUACCGCAGGGCCUAAUCAGGCGGCAACGGUAUCUGACCAGGGGCUGGACGGGAACAUGUGAAUUUUCAGAGGCGUUCAGGGUCAAGUUUAUGAAAUCUAGAUUGAACAGUACUGGACUUGGGAGAUGCUUUAAAGCCAGCCUGUAGGACUGUCUGUGCGAUGUUUCCUGGAACGGCUGGCUUGCCUUUGAAGGUAAGGCCUGCUUUUCGGGAGAAGAAUAGUGCGCAGAGAAGUUUAGUUUGGGAUUGUCUUUGUUCUUAUGACCAAUGUAAUUGGGGACUCCAGCUGGAACAAUCACUGGCGGCAGCUUGGUAGUCAUAGGUACCCGAGUAUGUAGAAAUGUGCUUCACGAUAUCUCAAUAUAGCGACCUCUGGGGUUGCAGUUUGGUCGG